AUGGGUCAUCAGCAGCUCUACUGGAACCACCCAAGAAAAUUUGGCCAGGGCUCUUGCUCUUGCCGCAUGUGCUCCAACAGGCAUGGUCUGAUCGGGAAAUGCAGCCUCGACAUGUGCCGUCAGUGCUUCCAUCAGUAUGCGAAGGACAUAGGCUUCAACAAGUUGAACUAA